AUGCAGGCAUGCUGCAUACACGCUCACAGCAAGACCUUCGCUCACCAGGUGGCCACGAAGGUUUACCUAGCUCCUGACACGCCGAUCUCACAGUGCUUGCCUUACAGCAUCAAGCAUCAGCACCUCUUCUCCGGCAACGUUCCUCAGCCGGCAGAUUGGCUGCGAGCGUGGCGGGCGUGCCGGACAGCAUCUUCUUUCAAAGGUGCCGUGAAAUUCUAUUCCACGGAAGACUUCGCUGCUGGCAGGAACACGAAGCUUGGCAGUGUGAGUCUCAAGAACAUGAUUCUUGUUAUGCACUGGGCUGUCAAGAGUGUGCGCAAGCAGCGUCUCGAACAAGCCACCAGCAUCAGCUUGUCCGUGGACGACCGCAAGGAGUAUCGUUUGGUGAGGUACCGUUGCGAUGUUCCACCGCGCACUGCCAAGCAGUCAGCGGCUCCAGGCUACCAAGGUCCCCAAGGCUCCCAAGGCUCCCAAGGCUCGGAGGAUGGCCCGCUUGUCGCCGAUGGCUUGCUUGGGGUCUACAAGACAGGUGCCAGUGUUCCUGAAAACACAGUGGAGGAGCACGAUGCGGACAAGAGUCAGGUGAUGGCAGACAGCAUAGGCAUAGUCAUUGACAGGGCCUGUCAGGAUCCGGAAGGCAAAACUGACGAGGAGUCCUGCAGCCGCUUGAAGCUGCACGCGCGGCACUUUGCAGCCGAUCAGUGCACAUCUGCCCGGAAGUGUGGAAGGUUGUUGGUCACUGGCGGCCAGUAUCCUAACCUGGUCUGGGUAAGCCAUGAUCCUGCGCACCAGGUUCGUAUUGCCUACCAGGACCCUCUUCACGCCAUGCCCGAGUUCCAAGACCAGUGGGAGCGUUUGUUUGCUCCCGGCAAGGGCAAGCAUGCGCUUAUCCCGGACAUCCAGAACUCAGAAGUCUGGAAGGCCAGGCUCAUGGCGGCCCAGCAAGAGGUUCUCAGGCUCCAUGGCUCCCAGGCUGGUGUGGAGAAGGUGAUACGAGCGUUGUCGUUCUCCCAACCUCGGUUUGACUCGUCGGCCACACCAAUGCUGAAGUACUUGUGCAUGAUUCGUGCGAUGGCGGUCUUAUGUGCUAUGCAGGCUGCUGACGAGAGAAACACGGUCGAGAUUCGCUCCCGAGCAGAGCGCGCCUUGCAAAACAUGAAUGCAGCAUCCCUCAUGCGCUGUGGACUCACUUGCGACUACACAUCUGAGUGCCUGGGUUUCUUGCGCAGGAACUUUGACAUCGAGGAUCCAGAUGUAUCCUGCACCCCCAGAGUGCUGGAAGAGUUCACCAAGCGCCAGCGGUUCUUAUUUGUGGAUGGAUACAUCCUCUCCGACAGCUCGCAGGUUCCCAGUUCCGUGGACGGCUCCGAGGCUCCAGGCUCCCAGGCUCCCCGGAGGUGUGCAACCCAGUUAGUUUACGAGGAGAUCCAGACACCAGAGCCGAUCUUCUAUGGCAACAGAGUCCACUACCUGUGCACGAAGGCCGGCAUUUCUGAUGUAAGGCAGAUCAUGGGAACUAUGGCGCACGUGGUCGAGGCGAUGCUGGAGCGUUUGCGAGUAGAUCUGACGGAGGUUCGCUUGUGUUCCAGCGCAGGGGAGAUUGCGAAGAGUCGCAAUCUUGCUUCAGAGAAAGUCAAGGCACUCGGGCACCCUGGCCUGUCCGACACCUUUUGGACAUUUGCAAAGACUGUCCAGCUGCUCAAGGUCGAAAAAGUCCAGGAUGGUGAGGAACAGAACUUGAGGUACAACAACACCUUGUACAACAAGGCCUUACACCAGGCUGCCACAGCAGCUGUUGCAGUGCUGCGGGGUCCAUCCGGUCCCGUGGAGAAGGCUGCCCGGAGAUUGGAGCUGGAAUUUGGGCGGGGAAUCUUGAGCAGUCAGUACUCGAAGUUGAGCAAGCUGUUAUCGCUGACCAACAAGCUCGCAUCUGCUACCAGAAACGCUGUAGACCUGACGGCCUGGAUGAUCGACUCCUUGACGCUGGCCCUGCGCAUGAACAUGGUCACGCCAGCUAAAUGCACCGAGAAGGUUCUGGAUCGAGACCGGAAGACAGGCGAUGCUGGCUUUUGGUUGUCGCGCAUGCUGGUGGUGCAGGUCUUCGAUUAUGCAGCAAAGCUGGCGAACAAGUUGCCUGAGCGGGACAAGGUUAAGCUGACAGGGAUUUUGGCUGAACUCCGUUGCCCUUCCACAUGUUGGGAGAAAUAUCUCUGCCAUGCUGAUGCUGAUCAAGGGGCUGCUGGAGAGGACGACAUGGCCGGCGAGGACCCAGAGGACGUGGAGCGCCCUGUUCCGCAGUCCAAGAUUGGAGCUGUUAAAGAGGGUUUCAACAAAGCCAUUGGCAUGCUUUUGGAUUUGCUCCUGGAGCUGAUGUCGGGGAAGUACUACAAGGAUUGCUGCAUGCUGGCUUCGAGUGAAGAGGGCCUUGCAAAGGCAUUGACAGCUGCACAGCUUGGAAGCUCGGAUGACACGGAGCACGAGGAGCCAUGUGCGCUUAUCACUCAGAUGAAGAUCAUUGUCGACAAGUUCGACAACAGCACGAAGUCCGUUGGUGCCACAUCUGCGGCUCCUGCUCCGAGUUUGCUCCAAAGCCUGGCCAAGGCUUCUGAAGCUGACACACACGAGGAAUGUGUCGAGCGUGAGCGGCAGUGGAAGGCGGUGCAAACGGAACGCCGCAAGUUCGUGUCGUUCUCGGUACCGAACAAGAUCUCGAAGGACUGCCUAGUCAAUGCGUUCAGAGGUUGCGGCAAGGUCUUCACGCACAAGGGCACCUUAAACUCUUCGCACCGCCUGAUCGUUGCCAGUGCGGAUCUCUUGGCAGAGGCUGGUACCGACCCGUGGCUCAAGGGCACUCCGCCAAGCGAGGAAUGGAAAGAGAUCUGUGCCUUUGCCAAAGACAUUUCUGGGCCCGAGGAUUUCGUCGUACUCUUCGACGGCAGAAUGCGGGAAAUUCGCCGCGUGUCCGAAGACCUCCUGCUGAACCAGCAGCACACCGAGGAGUGCACCAUCGUGUACUCAGGUGGGUGCCCGCCGAGAACUGGUCGCACUCGCCGCGCUCCGCUGGCUGCAAAGAAGGUGGAGACAGGAGCGGUUAAGUUCCCGGUCGCACGCACCAAGAUUCAGACGACGAAGAAAGGCUCCUUCACAGUCUGCGGCGAGGCUUCUACGUACCAAGGCACUUACUCAGGCGUGGAGUACCGGGCGGUUUCUGAAAUGCCCCUCGUGUCUGCAGACACCAAGAAGAAGAUCAUUGCUCCGGCAACAACCGGCGACCUCCCGACACCGCCAGAGGACUGGCAGGAUCGCCACGGAUCCGACGUACCCUUGUUCUGGAACGAGUCGAAGCCGAUAGCAUAUUGGAAUGCCAUCAUUGAGGAGUUUUGCGCGGAGGCAGUGUUUGACCUCACGGCUGGCACCGGUGCUCUGAUGGAGGCUUCUUUGACUGCCGGCAUCGCAUACCACGGGCUUUGCAGCCUCAACAAGGAGCACAUGUCGUGGGUCCAGGCGGUUGCUGAUCGCGCAGCUUGCGGAAUGAUGGCUUUGGAGGGAUCCACUCUUUACUCGGACGAGAAUGCCAAGGCGGUGAAGAAGCAUUUCCCGCACGUUCUGGAGAGCUUGUCCAACCAAGACGACCAGGACGAGGCACCUGCUGAGCCAGAUAGCUCUGAGGUUCCCUGCUUGGGUUCGACAUGGGCUGCCGAUGGAGGCCUACCAGACGCUGUGAAAGACGGCUUGGUCCCCAAGGCUCGAAGGGCCUUCGUCAUCUGGUUCCAGGAAAACGCCGAAGUCAAGAAAGGCGCUCCCAAGCACGAGUUUCUCAAUGAGAUGAAGCAUCUUGGCGCAGUCUGGCAGGGCAUGACCGACAAGCAGAAGGCACCAUUCAUGGCGAGGAGCAAAGAUGAGUUCAUGGCUCAGCGAAGUGCACUGGCCGUUCUUGGCAUCAGGAUGCGGGGCUCCACGACCAGUGCGGGCGGCCCCGACGAGGCGAAGGACCCCCCUGCCGCUGACGAAUCUGGCGGUCGCGUUGGCCCAUUUGAGCUUAAUGGUGCAAGGGCUCCAAUUGGAGGCGGAGCCUAUGGCAGUGUCUACAGUUGCCAGCAUCCGCAAAGCGGCCUUAACGUGGCGGUGAAGGUUUAUCGUGGCUCCGAUGGCCACGCGGAUUGCAGGCACGAAGUGGAGCAGAUGAAGCUUCUAAUGAAGGCCGUUCCGCAGCAGAAGAUGAUGUGGUUCCCGCUUCUUGUCAGCUCGGGUGUCACGGGCAGACCUUGGCCAUGGAUGGCUACUAGCCUAUGUGGGCCCAGCCUGGCAACCGCACUUCGAAAUCCUGCGGCGCAUGGCAAGCCGAGGACGUGGUCUGUGGCAGCUCAGCUGAGAAGUGCACUGCAGACCUUGCAUGACGCAGGCAUCCUACACUUGGAUGUGAAACCUGGCAAUGUUCUUUGGUGCCCUUGCACAGAUCAGGUGCAGGUGUGCGACUUCGGCAUGAGUGAGAACAUGGCACGGCUCCAGAAGGCUUCUCAGGCUCCCAGGUUCCUGCAGUAUGUCACGGCUGCCUAUCGACCUCCGGAGCUGUGGCCCGCUCGUGUGAAUGGCGAUGGAGACUGCGGUGUCAGAAAGCAGCUGCUGACUGCAGCUGUGGAUAUGUGGGCCUAUGCUUGCGUGGUGUUUGAGGUGGAGACCGGGAAUCCCUUCAUGCCCAAGGGGGAGGCCGGACUGAGAGCGUGGUGCAAGCAGUGGCCCGAGCUGUGGAAACCACGCAGCGACUUAGCCAAUUGCCCCGCUGCAAGUCACACGUGCUGCACAAAGGUGCUUCGAGCCGGUAAAUGGGGGCUGUUUGUGUUGGUCGGCUGUGCUCCAGACCCCGGAAAGCGGCGGUGGCGGGAGCUCUGUCUGAAUCAGAAAUGA